AUGUCUAUAUAUGCUCCCGACCACACUGCAACGUCGACCUCAGAUGAUGAUAAUCAAAUAGCUAUAAUGGAGUUGACCGUUUCUCGGGUUCGAACUGCCUUAUUUCAACCUUUGAGAAGUGAUGAUUUUAAUGAACGUGCAAAACAAUUGGAUAAAAUUAUUGAUGUGGUUAAAAAUUGGGCUUGCUCUGAUUAUGAUGUUAAUACUAUUGAUAUUUCCUCUGAAAAUCAAGAACUUUCUCCUCCUCUUAAUACGAUUGAUUCUUCUAAAAGGUCUUCAAUAUCUGACGGUAGUAUUCCGGUAAAUCAUACUGCUUCUUUAAAUUCUUCUCCCAUAUUCACUGAUGAUCCACCUUCGGGUUCGGUUUCUUCGUACGCUGUUUCUCCCAGUGGUGAUGACAGCCCGAAUAGUUCAUCUAUUCAAAGAAGUAAUAGUAUUCCUCGUAGAAGUUCUGUAGAUCAAGAUAUUUAUGAUGGAAAUACUGAAAAAGCCCUGAAACUUCUUCUUUACACUAUUUUGCGCAUGUCUAUUGAUUGUCCUUUUGAUGAAGUUCGUCGAACGUUUACAAAAUUCCUCAUAGAUCUAAGGAUCGAAGAUAAUGAAAUAGUGUUAAUUUUGAUGUUGACUCUUAAAUGGCCCAGUGAACGAUCUGCAUCUCUUUCGACCACACCGUCACCACCAUCAAAUCCAUCCUCCGCGGACGAUCGAAUAUCAUCUUCUAAUAUAUCGUCGACAUCAUCUCCAAAUACUUUUGUAGGAAGACAACCUGAAGAACCUGUUAGGCGUUUAAUUCUUGAAACUUUUGCUCGUGAUGGAAGAAUAAGUCAUUUAUUCAGAAUUUUAUCCUAUUUUCCAAGUUUUAUGGAAAAAUAUCAAGCUUCUUUUCGUAAGAUUGUUGAAGAUGUUAUUGGUCCUGUAAAAGUUGAUGAACGAUUAUAUAUUGGAAUAAUGGCUGCAUCCCAACACAAAUGUCAAUACCUUGUAUCAUUAUUCAAACAUCAUUUUAUAAAUCAAAAUGGAGAUGCACGAUGGCUUGAAGGAUUACAAUACGCCUCAGAAAAAAUAAAAAGUUUAGCUAGAUUGAAUUCAAUUUUGGCACAUAAACCAUGGGAUCUUAAACCAAGUCAUAUAGAUGAUCUUAUAAAAGGAGCAAAUAAUCCCAAUGGAUAUUGGAAAAGAUCAGAUGUUAUUCAUGUUAUUUUAGUUCUGGCAACAUUUCAUAGUUUAAGUAGUUUCGUAAUGGGAUGUGGUAUAGUACCAGAAUAUGAUACAAAAGGUGGAAAUUAUAUACCAUCAGUAUUAACCCCAAAUUUAUUUGGAUAUGAUGAUUCUGAAUCUUCUUUUGGAAUUUUGGAUUCUGAUGAAAAAAUUCGUCCGGAUAUGGCGGCUGGUUUAGGUGUAAUGAUACCUGAUUCUCCGGCUAAACCUGCUUCUGCUUCUGAUUUAAUAUCAAAUAAUAAUGAUGAUCUUUUAUUAUCUAAUCAACUUAAUGAGUCGUCCUCGGUUACCUCGGUUGAUGAUCAAUGUACUUUAAAUACUAGUCAAUUGAUUGAAAGGUUGAAAUGUAAACGCGAAGCUUCUGAUCUUGAUAAUCUUGAUAAUCUUGAUAAUGAAACCACCGAAAAUGAAGAAACGCCUGAGCACGAUUCGUCAAACGUUACUACCGCAUUCUUAUCACGUGAUAAGACGGAAACAACAACCAAUUUCAUGAAAAAACCCAUCACAACACCGCUUCCGGGUGUUCACAAUACGGAACAGUUUUCACUUUUUCUUGAUCCUACUGUCGAAACUCCUUACUCUGAUUUUCCUGUUGAAGAAGGUUCUUUAUUUAAACUUCAAGAAUAUUGUUGGGAAGAUCAUGGUGUAGAGAUGGUGAGCAAUCCUUUACCGGGCGUAGGUGAACUCUUGGAUCAAGAAUUUAAUUCAACACCUUUACGACAAGCAAUUUGGUUUUACGUGUUACGUUUAUUCGGAUUAUUCAAAGACGAUUAUUCAUAUGCAAAUCUUGAUUAUUUUCUUAAUAAUAAAUUUAAAUCUUAUAUAAGGAAAUUGUGUUGUACACCAGAAGACAUUACCAUUGACGAUUGGUUAGAUAUGGGAUUUGAGUUUAGUUCCGAGGAUAAAUGUCACGUAAACCUUAUUGCUAUUGAAGCGCGUAAACAAGCGGAACUAGUUUACGGUUUAUGGAAUGUCAUGAAAUGGCGUUCAAGAGAUGAAACCGAAUAA